AUGCAGCCAACAAUUGUUAUUGAUCCAUCACAUAAAAACAGAUUAUUCCAUAAUGAAAGAGGUACAAUAUUUUCUACAAAACCAAAUGAUUCAUUAGUAGGAUAUUUACAAAAUUCUAGAAAUUAUAUGACAGAACAACGAAUACAAAUAAGGUUGGCUCGUGAAGUUAACAUUUUGAAAAGUGGCAUAGAGAGUUGUAAAUUCGUCGUUGUUCAUAAUGAAGGAAAUAGUACAUCAAAAAGGAGAAAAGAAAUUAAAAAAGUAAUACCUCCAGGAUGUAUUGAACGAGAUGCUAAUGGCAAAGUAAUUAAAGGGGAUGUUCGUGGGCUUGUUGAAUGUUUUUGUAGUGAAGAACAAAAUGGAAUGAUGAAAGCAUUUAUUUGGACAUACACAGGUUUUUGUUCUACACAAGAAAUGUUAGAAGCUAUGAUUGAAAGAUAUGAAGUAGGAUGUAAUGAUGAUUCUAAAACAAGUUUAUUGAUUAGAGCAAGGGUAAUUAGUGCAGUUAAAUAUUGGAUUGAAAAUAUUUGGGGAGUUAUUAAAGAAAAUGAAAGUUCGGUUAAUGAUAUUGUUAAUAAAUUAUUAAAUUUACUUAAAAGUUAUGGAAUGAUACGAGAACAUCAUUUAAUUAAACAGUGCUAUCAAAGAAUUAUGAAUGAUGUUGAAGUUGAAUAUGUUCAAUGUCAAAAGAAUGUAGAACAACCGAUUCCUUCAUUAAAUAAAAUUAUUGGACGAACAUUAAAUCCAACUAUUUUUCAGUCAAUACAUCCAAUAGAAUAUGCUCGUCAAAUAACUCUUAUUGUUUCAGAUAUGUUUAGAAGAAUUAGGUUAUAUGAAAUGUUGAUGUGGUCAAACGGGGAGAAAGAAAGCUGUCAAAGUAUUAUUUACGCACAAACAUUUUUUAAUGGACUUCAAAACCAUUUCACCAGAAUGAUUCUUAAUGAAACUGAAACAAAUAAAAGAGCAGCGAUUAUAGAAAGACUUAUCCGUGUAGCUGAUUAUUGUUUUGAAUAUCAUAAUUUUGACACACUAUUAUGUGUUCUUCUUCUUUUUAAUACAUCAGCCAUUCAUCGUUUAAAAAGGUCAUUUGAUUCAAUAAGUGGAGAGAGUAAAAAGGUAUUAAAUAAGUUAAUUCCUAUUGCUUGCCCAGAUAAAAACUGGAAUGUUUUAAGAGAAGAAUCACGUCAAUUAGUUGGUAAACCAAUAGUACCAUAUAUUGGCUUAAUAUUGAGUGAUCUUACUUUUACUAAUUUUGGUAACAAAACCAAAGAAAAUGAAAUGAUUAAUUUUAGUAAGUGUAGACAAAUUGCACACAUACUAGAACAAGUUAUGUUUAUGCAUCAACAAACAUACGCUCAAUUGAUCAUUAAAAAUAUAGAAAUUCAAGCAGCAAUAAUCUCUGAUUCAAGGUAUGAAGUAACUAUUAGUGAUAAAGAAGCAUUUGAUUUGUCUUUAAAAAUUGAACCACGAACUUCGUCUAUUGUUCCAUUAUCAGCAGGAUGUACACGAUUAACUUUACAUUACCCAGGAAAAGAAUUAGUAGUUGUUGCAGCUAAAGAUGCAAAUGUAUUAAUUUCUCAAAUGUUCUGGGAUGCAAUGGGUGUUGAUGUUUCUAAAUGUCAAAUAUAUAUUUUUUAUACUGGAAAUAGUAUUAACGAAUCAAUGAGCCCAUCUUCUCCUGUUGGAAGAAUCAAAAUAGCAGUAAAAGAAACUGAAGUAAUUGUUACUGCAUUACAAAAAGUAUUAUAUGUUAAUUUGAUAAUGGAGUAUAAUAGAGAAAUAUGUAAAACAACUAUCCCAUUAGACCCAACCCUUCCUUUAAAUCAAUUACAACCAAUUCUUCAAACAUUUACAGUAAUACCAUCAUACCCUAUCUUACUUAAAGGAGAAAAAGUUAUAGGUUGUAUGUGUCCAUCAUUAUCGUUAGAUGAAAUAGAAUGGACUGAGAGAGAUACUAUCUAUUUAUUACCUCUUCAUGAAUUGAGAAGUCAAUUAGGAGAUUUAUCAACUGAUAGACUUCACUUUAAAUCAUCACGAUUUUACAAUGAGUUUAUCUUUCAUUUAGAUAAUAUUAGUGCAGUAGCUAUUAUAGUUGAUGUAAUGGUAAUUAUUUAUUCUGGAGAACGUUUUAAGGCUAUUUAUCCUAUUGAAUUACUUUCUAUAGAACUUAAUGUCUGGAAAAAUACCAUUUCUUUUAGACUAGAUGAAAAUUAUAUUGAUAAUAGACUAGUUUCAUCAUUCUCAUCUCCACUAACACUACAAUGUGAUUUAACAACAGCAAGAGGAUUUAUUAAAAGAAUUUGUCAAAUAAGUAGGAAACAACGAUAUCAACGAUUGUUUGGAACGGAUCGACAUGACAUUGAAUGUUCUAAUACUGGAGUUCCAAAACAACUUGAACGAUUAAUUGAAGUUAUCUAUAGUUCUGAAGAAUUCACUAAACAAGGAUAUUUUGAUGUCAGGAUUGAUGACUGUGUUGUUCAAAUAAGAAACUUUGAAGAGCACGGAAUUAUAAGAAGUCCUAUUGCAGGUGGGUUACUUGUUAUGUAUUUAAUAUCAUUAAAUGAACCAAUGAUUCCAGUUGAACAUACAAAACAUUUUGUAUCAUUUGAUUUUCUAGAUAGAGAAGAUCGUAUUGAACUAUUAAGAAGAGCAUUCGAUGAAUUAACAGAUGCAAUGAGACCUAUUGUUAGUAUAGUUAUACAAUUAUUAUCGUUACAUUUUUCUUUCUCUAAAGAUAUAUUACCACAAGGAUUUGCUCCUUUAUUAUUUUAUGGUUUAACACCAGGAUUAUCAGAACGUAUUUUAUCUUUUUUAAUUCUAAAUUCAACUAGUGUUAUUAGUCAACAACCAAAAGUAGAGUUUUUACAAGAAUUUGUAUGGUCUCUACCUUCUAUUGACUUUCUCCCUACUUCUGUUGUUCUUAAAAUUAAUGCAGGAAUUGCUGCUUCUUCAGAAGUAUCAUCAGCAAAUGAACUAAUAUCAAAAAAAAAUGCAAGGAUUGUUCCCCAUUUAUUAAAUGAUUCAACUCGCUCAUUAAUAGAAACACCAAGGAGGCACGUUCAAAAGAAACGUUUUAGUAAAACAGAUUCUUUGAAUAUAAAAGCAAAAACACAACUAACAUUUGCAAAUCUUAGUGAUUUCCAAAAGAGCUCUCCAAUAGUAAGGUCUGUUAUUUUUUCUGUUGGUCCACAACGAACACAAUUAUCUCCUUCAAAAUUUUGUCAUUCUCCAUUAAAUACACCAAACUCAGUUUCAUCAUCUACUACCUUAACACCUUCAGUUAUAUCUUCUCCCAGUGAUUCAAGAAAUUCAUUAGAAGUUCCUAACCAAAAAGUAGAAAUUAAAUCAACUACUCGUUCUUCUAAUGUUACUAACCCACACCAACAAAGUGAAGUUAAACAUCAAGAACAUAAAAUAGAGAUUAGUAUUGAUAAUAAAAAGACAAUUUUCUCUAGUAAGUUUGGUCAAAUAAGACAACUUUACGAAUCGAAAGAUUUAGCUGUCUCUUCUCCUCGUAUAAAGUCACAAAUUAUUCAAAGUGAAAAAACUUCUCCAAAAACUUCUCCAAGGAUCUCUCCAAGAACUCCUCCAAUAAUAAAGGACAAAGAGCAAUAA